UAAAUAUUAACUCUGUACAUUGAAAGAACUAUGAACAUUUUUAAAAAGUUAAGUUUAGUCAGUUUAGUUAGAAACAAAAGUGUUACGAAAAUGAAGUAUGAAACGAUUCCGAUAAUACCAUGUGCGGAGGAGAAGGCUUAUGUGAAAGCAAAAGAUUAUCUUGCAAAUGGUCUUGUUAUAGCUGUACCAACCGAUACAAUAUAUGGGUUGGCAUGUAGUGCCAAUUGUCAGGAUGCAAUAAAAAAACUCUAUGCCAUAAAAGGAAGGGAUUCAGCUAAGCCAGUGGCAAUAUGUGUCAGUAAUAUUGGUGAUGUGAGAAAAUGGGGACAGGCAGAACAUUUAAGUGAUAACCUAUUAACAAGCUUAUUGCCAGGACCGGUGACUGUAGUGUUAGAGAAAACUGAACGCUUAAAUAAUCCAUACUUGAAUCCGAUGACAACUAAAAUUGGUAUAAGAAUACCUGAUCAUAGUUUUAUUAAUAAGGUAACAAAUAUGUUUGAUAUGCCAGUUGCAUUGACAAGUGCCAAUUCUAGUAAUGAACCAUCAUCACUAACCAUAAAGGAAUUUGAACAUUUGUUUUGCUACUUGGGUGCAAUUUUCGAUGGUGGUACAUUAAGUCAAGGCUUGGAUAUGAAUCGAAGUGGUUCCACGGUCAUAGAUUUGUCUAAUAUUGGAUAUUAUGAUAUAAUUAGGAAGGGUAUUUCAUAUGAUCUAAUUGUGAAAAUUUUGCAGGAGCAUGGACUGAGCAGUAUUGUUAAAUAGUUUUAAUAAAAUUUGUUUGAUUUA